AUGGCCAUCUCCUCGGCCACAUCCCCCCAGGCAACUCAUGUGAAAGGAGGUCUCCCCACUUCACCGGGGGUCCCCUUUGCCUCCUAUGGGAACAGCCUGCAGGCCCCAGGACUGGAUAGAACACAUGUCCGCUGCUGUCAGCCCCCGCCUGUGGAGCUGCCUCGGUGGCCCCGGGACACGCGGACGCUGCCUGGUGCCAACUCCCUGGCCUGGCCGGCAGAGCCCCCCGGUGUCCUUGGCCUUAGUGCCAGGAAGAAAAUGAAGCUGACCAAGGGUGGGCUAGGGCCGUGCCACCCCAUUCGGGGGCCAGCAGCCGCGCUGGCGGUACCCAGGACCUCAGACCCUCGCCAGCCCCCGCUGCCUCCUGGGGGCCCGCACAGACACCCCGGCCUGAGCUGGGAACCACCCGGGCCCCCUGGCUCAGGCCCAGCGCUGGUGCUGUAUCUGUACCUUCUGGGGAAAUCAGCAGCCAACAGACACCCCAAAGCCUAUGGGCUGCCAGGGUCACGAGGCUGGAGUCCCCACGGAGGAACUGGAGCCCCCCAGGUCUUGGCAAGAGGCCACGCCCUCUCCCACGGCGAGCACCAGAUGCCACAGGAGCCCCAGCGUUCCCCGUGA